UCCAUAUUGGUAAAAAAAAAAAAAAAAGUUACCGUUGCGGCGCCAUCGUGGGAGAAUCGCACGGCCGUCAAUCGUCAUUAGAGGUUAUACAAAGAAAAGGGUAUCGCUAAUCAGUGUUAAACGGUAAAAAUGUCGGAGGAUCUGAAAUCGAAAAGCAGAGGAGCUCGUCAAUGCUCUCUUUGUCAUCUUCGAAGACCUGCUCUUAAACGCCCUAAAACUCUUCAACAGAUUUGCAGGGAAUGUUUUUAUGAAGUGUUUGAAGAAGAGAUUCAUGAUUGUAUAGUAGAUAAUCAUCUGUUUAAGCCUGGGGAACGCGUUGCUAUUGGUGCUUCUGGUGGAAAAGAUUCCACUGUCCUUGCAUAUGUGUUGUCAGAGUUGAAUCGGCGACACAACUAUGGUCUGGAUCUCUUCUUAUUAUCAGUUGAUGAGGGCAUCACAGGUUACAGGGAUGACUCACUUGAAACUGUAAAAAGGAAUGAAAUCCAAUAUGGGUUGCCCCUGAAAGUUGUUUCUUACAAAGAUUUGUACGGAUGGACAAUGGAUGAGAUAGUGAAGAUGAUAGGGUUAAAGAACAAUUGUACGUUCUGUGGAGUAUUCAGGCGUCAGGCCCUUGAUCGAGGUGCUGCAAUGUUGAAAGUAGACAAGCUUGUUACCGGACACAAUGCAGAUGAUAUUGCUGAGACAGUGCUAUUGAACAUAUUACGUGGAGAUAUUGCCAGAUUGAGUAGAUGCACCUCAAUAACAACCGGAGAAGAUGGACCAAUUCCAAGAUGCAAGCCGUUUAAAUAUACAUACGAGAAGGAGAUUGUUAUGUAUGCGUAUUUCAAGAGGCUGGAUUACUUCUCUACUGAAUGCAUUUACUCUCCAAAUGCAUAUCGUGGUUUUGCACGGGAAUUCAUUAAAGAUUUGGAGAGGAUUAGACCCAGGGCCAUACUCGAUAUCAUUAAAUCAGGAGAAAGCUUUAGGAUUGCCACUUCAACAAAAAUGCCAGAGCAGGGAACUUGUGAGCGUUGUGGUUAUAUAUCAAGUCAGAAAUGGUGCAAGGCUUGCGUCUUGCUUCAUGGCUUGAACCGUGGUCUUCCGAAGUUGGGAAUUGGGAGGAGUCGUGGUCAUGAAAAUGAUGAGUGUAAAGAGGAAGCUAAACAAAUAAAUGGAAGCAAGGAGGUCCAAGGGAAACCAUGUGGAAAUAUAGACUUCUGAUGCUAAUAUCUUUGUAUUAUGUUUCCUUAAUGCGUAAUCAGGUUCAUGUUGUUGAGGACCUGCUUCAUUAUAACACAGAGAAGUAUGCUGAAGGAUUUAUUGUUCUGUUAUGUUAUGAAGAUAGCCAAAGGAAGAGGUCAAUAGCCAACAUUUGAUUGUCAUUUUCUCAAUUUUUAUCAGUUUUUUUAUCAUCAAUACAUUCGAGCAAACCUUGGGAAUAAGGCUUAGUUGUUGUUGUUGUUGUAAUACAUUCGAGCAAAAUAUUGCUAAUUAAUUAUGUACUUCGUAUUCAACAAUGAGAAUUUUUGUUAGAAAUGAUAAACAGAUCCAAGAGAACUAAUCAAUA